CAAGCUACUAACUAAAAAAAAAUGGCACGAUUCUUCGUCGAACAAGGAGUCGAGAGUUCGAGGGGAGAUCAGGUCGCAGUGAUUGUUGGCGUCCUGAUCACCGUACUCGGCAUUCUCUACGGAGCCUACAGGUGUUUCGUCUGGGUGAGGAGCACCUGCUUCUCAGGCGCUCCCACCCAGCAACUCCCUCCAGCUGCUCCGGAGUUGGAGAUGGAGCCGGUUUCUGCCGUUGUGCAGCCUGUCUCUCCUGACACGCUCGCGGCACUCCCCGUGAGGGAGUUUUCCCCUGACUGCGGCGAGCAGAUCACCGACUGCGGGAUAUGUCUCGAGCAGUACACUGUUGGGGACCGCUUCUGGGAGCUGCCCUGUUGCAGCCACCACUUCCACGUCGCCUGUGUGGGAAUGUGGUUUCAGGGGCAGCAGACGUGCCCUUUCUGUCAUCGGACUGUUCGAGCCGACGAACACGGUAUCGGCGGGAAUAAAUUAAGUGGAAUCAAUGUUAUGAAAGUUUGGAUUUUCUUGAUGCCAAUGUCUGAAACGAGAUAAUGUGGAAUGUAUCAUAGACAUGGUCAAUUUUGGGGUGGCUGGUCAAGGCCGUUUCUUGUUGCUCUUGGGAUAUGUCCUU